AUAUUUUCAAUUCAAGUUCAUAAAUUUUAUAAAUUGCUUUCAAAAUGGCGGAAAAACAAUUCACAUUAGCCGAAGUUGCCAAAUUCAAUGACAACCAGAAGGCUUGUAUUAUUAUCCAUAAUAAUGUUUAUGAUGUGACGGCGUUCUUAAAUGAGCAUCCUGGAGGUGAAGAAGUUCUGCUGGAGCAGGCUGGUAAGGAUGGUACCGAGGCUUUCGAGGAUGUAGGUCACAGCUCGGAUGCCCGUGAACUUAUGAGGAAAUACAAAAUAGGAGAAAUUGUCGAACACGAGCGCAAAAAGACCCAAGAAAAGGCACUUCCAGACUGGAGCAACCAACAAGCUGGCGAGGACAAAGAAAACUCACUGAAAACAUGGAUUCUCCCUAUUGUUCUGGGCAUUUUAGCGACACUUCUCUACCGAUUUUAUGUGUUACAAUAAUCACUUUUAUUUUUAACUGAAAUAUCACAUAUUAGAAAAAGGUAAGGUACGAGGCACCACCCAUGCUGAUUCUUCAGAUAAGUAAUUGACUUUGAAACUUCUAUUUCGUUGUAACAACCAUUUUCGUAAUUUUAAUCGCGCUGUUAAUUUUUGAAUCUAGUUUUUCUUAAGAUAAUUUACUUGUUUAAUUUAACUAUAUAUUAUGAAAUGUGGUAGCAUUUUUUCAAUGAACACUGUCUUGAUUAAUAUUUAGAUUAAUUUGAAAUAUCAUAUUGUUUCUAUGAUAAAAAGCCUACUUAUUUUGCGGACCAAACAAAUAUUAAUUCUUUUAAUUGUGUGGUUUUUUUCUCCACUAGAGUAGAUUUUAUUGAAACGAUUUAGAUAUAGUUUGAAAUUAUAUACAUGAGACACAUCGUCUAGAUCGUUGUGAAACAUUUCAGGAUCAGAUACAUAUGAGUAUCUUGCACAAUGGCACCAUAAUUUUAGUGGCAUAAUUUAGGUUCAUGCGCCAUUUGAAGUGAAGGAAACAAAUUAUUUUUUUAAAUUAUAUAUUUAUGUACUAUUUAUAUUCCACAAAUGUGCAUUUCAAUUCGGCUUGUUCAUUGAAAAGCAUUUAUUCGUAAGGUUUA